CAACAAUUAAUUAGUUACAACGUUUGAAAAGGAUUCAAGUAAAGUAAAUAUGAGUUACCAAUAGUAGCUUAAUAAAUUAAAAGGCAGAACCAUGAAAUUAAGAAUUAUGCACCUUUGUAUGAAAUUUCAUUUAUUGUUUUUUUACAAUGCAACGGUAAAAUCAACUUAGAGAGAAAUUUAUCAAACUUAAUCUAUGACAUGAAAUAAUUGUUUAAAUACUACUAUGUACUUAAUUUUUAAACUUCUUGCGGUUCUACUUAUCGCUGAAUCAAUAGCGAAAAAACGUAAAAAUAACACUAAUGAGGGUACAUUGCCGCAAAAAAACCAUAUGGAUAUGAAUGGAACUCUCAGAAAAGCAUUUUUUGUGCAUGCAGCCCUUUCCGAGCCAAAAGAAAAUAUGAUAUGUUCACCUAUAUCAGCUCUUAUGCCGCUUGGCAAGCUGGCUCUAGGAGCCGAGGGCCAGAGCUUAGAGGAACUUCUAUCAGCUAUCGGCGUCUCCAAAAAAUCUAUGAUCUCGAGUCAUUUCAAGCCGCUAAUACUUGAACUCCGCUACCUUCCCGGUGUAAAGUUGGAUAUAGCCAGCAAACUAUACAUAUCGCUCCACAACCGACUUCAAAGAGUGUUCACAGAACAAGCCAAGGACAUAUUCGAUUCUAGUGCAGAAAAAAUGGAUUUCCAGUACCCAACGUAUGCAGCUGAACAAAUUAAUUCCUGGGUCUCUUCACAAACGAAUGGCUUGAUAAAAGAUAUUGUUACUCCAGUCGACGUUCCGCCUUCCACUUCUUUAGUAAUGGUCAACGCUGUUUAUUUUAACGGUAAAUGGAAAGAUAACUUCGAGAAAGUCAAGAACAUGACAUUUUAUUCACCGAAUGGUCCAAGAACCGUUGAAAUGAUGUUAGGAACUGGAUAUUAUAAUUUCAGCAUGAGCGACGCAUUGGGAAGUCGGUUAGUUCAGAUACCAUACGCAGGGGAUAAGGCAACGUUUCUCUUAGUACUGCCAACGUCACGUAACGGUCUACCGGUACUUCUGAGUCAAUUGAAAUUAGCACCAGAAAUAUUAGAAUCAGCUCUUUCUCGGAUGGAAGUAAGGAAUCUACAGCUUGUAAUGCCAAAGUUUAAAAUUGAAUCAGAAUUAAAUUUAAACGCGAUGUAUAUGAAGGUCGGAGUCAAACAAAUAUUCAAUAAUGUUGACUCUGGUCUGACUAAAAUAGUACGAGAUGAAUCGCUACAUGUAACUAAAGCGAAACAUAAAGCAUUCAUCGAGGUCAAUGAAUUUGGUACUGAAGCUGCGGGAUCCUCAGUGUUAAAUAUGAUGAAGUUAUCACAACAUAAGCCGAUGGAUUUUAAGGCGGACCACCCUUUCUUAUUUUUCAUUUUAGUGAAAGGACAGCAAUUAUUCUCCGGGACUUUAAACGUAAAAUAAAUUUUAGGUACUGCUCAUCGGAUCGGUGAUAGUUUAGCUAAUGGCGAACAUAAAGAUGACAAUAAAAGACCAUUAGAUUUUCUAAUAAACCCAAACAAUGAAGCCAAAGAUUAUUUUUUACCGCCCGUGUUUCCAAAUAAUGAAGAAUUAGAUGAUGAUGAUGAGGAUGACGAAGAUGACUCGUAUUUAGAUUACGAUUAUGAUAAUAAAGAAACUAAUUAUAAAGACUCACCGGAUGUAGUAACAGUUAAGAGUAAUACUAAAGAUGUUUUACCAAUAGAUGAUAAAAUACCAUUGCAUACGACCAAAGAUAAUCUCCCGGUUUUCCUCCUGGAACCAGAAAAUACGUAUGUUGUAAAAAAUAAGCCAGCCACACUUAAAUGCCGCGCAGCAAAUGCUUUAGAAGUAUAUUUCAAAUGUAACGGCGUUAAAACUCAAGCGUUAAAUUUCGAAUUCGUUGAUCCGCAAACCGGGGUGCGGAUAAUAGAAGGGGAAUACAAAGUGACAAGAGAAAAUGUUGAAGAAUAUUUCGGGAGCGAGAAAUAUCAAUGUUCCUGCUUCGCCUGGACAAGCAGGGGACAGAUACGGAGUCAGCCUGCUACCAUCGAAUUAGCUUAUAUAAAGAAGCAUUUCUCAGUAGCCCCACAAUCACAGCUAGUGAAGCAAUACGCACCAGUGACUUUCCGCUGUGAACCGCCUCCAGCUGCGCCCUUCGCCCAGCUGUACUGGCUCAAGAACGGCGCUCCGGUAGCCAUUGACGAUAAUGUGCAAGUUUCGAAGGAAGGCGACUUGCUCAUCAAACAGGCAUCUUUGUUGGACAUGGCAAACUACACCUGCGUCGCUGAGAACUUGGCAGGCAAGAGAAUGUCCGAACCCGCACUGCUAACAGUUUUCGUGAACGGAGGCUGGACAGCUUGGUCCACAUGGAGCGAUUGCUUUUGCGCGAGACAAAUAAGCGAACAUCGUAAUGGACGAGGCAGGAGACGUGUGAGGACUUGUACCGCUCCUAGACCCUUGAACGGAGGCCAACCGUGUAUUGGACCCAGCGUGCAAAGAACUCAGGACUGCUUAGAUUGUGAUUUGGAUGUAUACGUGGAUAACUUGGACGAGUUGGCAGAUGAGUCAUCUGACAUUAUAUUAGGUCGCUGGUCUCAAUGGUCUGAGUGGUCUCGAUGUGAUUCAGACUGUCUCCAGACCAGGAGACGAAGGUGCAUCACAAGCACCGCAUGUCUUGGCAAAGACUAUCAGGUUGCGCAAUGCCCUUUAUGCGUUCGAACAUCAAAAUCAGAUUUGCAUGAUGGAUCGUCAUAUUGGCCAUUAUUCAUAGCAUUAUCUAUAGCAUUUCUAAUUUUCAUCGUUGUCGUUGUAUUGGGAAUAAAAUAUAUGAAGAUAAAAAUGGCUGAAAAUUCCCCAUACGUCAAACCGCCUCCUGGUACUAAUUACUUUGGUAACGUUAUAAAGAGAACGUUGACUAACCAACCAGAUUUGACUAUACAUGAAGAGUUCCACACAGUCGAUUCGAGGCGAACACACAGACAGACAAGCGCUUCUAGUAACGCUCGUCAUGAGCAUUUGUACGAAGUUCCGCAAUUGGCUAACAGUUACAUCUCCCCAAUAGAUCACGAGGUAAGACCACAAGUGGAGAGUUUCGCUUGCAAGGACAAGGAGUCAGAUCGCUCUGACUCCAGCUGCUUUUUGAGCUCGGGAUCGUCAUAUGGUAAUGAAAGUAUAGAAAUGUCACCAUCGCUUAAAAACAAUGCUUCUGUAGAUUCGAAAUUUCUAAAUUCUCAAUAUUUGGAAACAGCUACGUCGAAAAUCGUUAACAGCGACGGUGAUUGGCUAAAUUUAGAUAAGUGUGGAGUCAGAUUAUUUAUUCCCGAUGGUGUUGUUGAGAAAGGAGAAGAACUUUUUUCUAUUGAGGUCACAGAUGAAGAGUGGAACAAACCAAAUUUACAAGAAGGUGAAACGCAACUUAGUCCGGUAAUCAGGUGUGGACCGAAAAAUUUUCAUUUCUGCAAAGCGGUUAUCCUAACAUUUCCACAUUGUGCCGCAUUAAAGAACUCCAGCUGGGUUCUCUCUAUACUUCAAAAACCUGAAGAAAUCAACUCAAGGGAAUGGCGAAAGGUCUUGACUCUUGGUCAAGAAACGCCAGGGACUCCAAUCUUCGCUCAAGUGGACCCAGCCAAAGUGUAUCUUGUUUGUGAAUUCUUGAGUGAUUUCGUUUUAAUCGGUAGAAGUUUUAGUGCAUUGGAUGCUAAAAUGUUAAAGUUAGCUCUCUUUCUUAGCAAACGAGUGGACGGCUAUUACGAUCUACACUUACACGUGUUCAAUGAUACUCCGUACGCGUACUACGAAUGUUUUGAAAGUGAGAGACGAUCUGGCGGUUUCCUUCUAUGUGAUCCGAAAAUAAUAUAUUUUCAAGAGAAUUGCUCUGAUUUAUGUGUCAACGUACGGGAUGUGGGAGCGGGAUGGAAGAUACAAUCCGGUGGGAAAUAUCAGGAGCUGUCCUUUUCUAAAAUUUGGAAUAUGAAUGUAAGAUCACUGCAUUGCGUUUUCACCCUUCAACAGUUAGACGCGAUGAACUGCUUAGAAUUAAAUAUCACGGUAUAUCAGAAGCAGAAACAGACAAAUUCGGUCGUUUUCAAUUUGAAAACAAACGAUUUUAAUUCUAAUUUCAAUUGUAAUAAGCGUUUUAGUUAUUCGGGCAUGGAAAUGGGUUACAGCGUCAAUAUCCUCGAGAAUCCGUUCAAUUAUUCAUCAUUAUCGAAAAAAGAUGGGCGAUAUGAUUUCGUUUACAGAAAUGGCGUUCAAAGAAGUAGCUAUACUAUUGACAAUAAUUAUUAUAGGACGAACGUUUUGACUAAAUCGGAUAGGGUUAUACUUUGUAAAUUGCUGGACGGUCAGACGACCAAAGCGAACGAUUGGAGGUUGCUCGCUGAGAAGUUGAAAAUGACGUCAUUCUAUUAUUACUUCUCGAACACAUGUUCCCCGACGGAGAACAUUUUGAAUCUGUGGUUAUGUAGGAACAACGAUUUUAAUAUGUUAGUGAAUUUGUCGAGAAUAUUCAGGGAGAUGUCGAGGAUCGACUGUGCAACGGUCGUGGAGAGACGCUGCUUUCCCAAUUAGACUGAUUUCUUAUUUUUAAAUAUAUUUUUUCACUCUAGUCAUUGUUUUUUUUUUUUAAUUGUAAUAUCACGCUUAGGAAUUUCGUGUAUAAAGCAUGUAGUGCUUCGAAUGUUGUUAAAUGCUACGAAAGGUGAGACGGUUUUGAAAAUGAAAAAUGUUUCGUAUUUAUUAGCUAUUUAAACAUGGCCAAAUCGAUGAAAAAAUUAUAAUUAGAAAAAUAAUAAAGGGUAUGUCGUUAAAAUCGAUUUUAAUAUUUUCUUAGAUUUCUACACGUAGUAUACAAGAAUUUUACAUUUUAAGAAUUUAAUUGUACGUUCAACGUUUUUAUUUAUUUAUGCACAUUUUACUUCAAUACAAUAAUACAAUAACAGCCUGUAAAUGUCCCACUGCUGGGCUAAGGCCUCCUCUCCCUUUUUGAGGGGAAGGUUACAUUACAUUUUACUUCACUUUCAUCAAUUAUAUUUAAAUACACUUUUAUUUGAAUUAUCAAUUAAUUUUUACUUAUCGCUACUAUUGGUGCAAAAGGUCGUAUGUACAAAGUUUACUUUUAAAGUCAUUAUAUACGUUACCAUGAAAACAAAAAAUAUAAUAAUUUUAUUUAUAAAAAUUAAGGAAAGAAAUCCUUUUGAGGUAAAUAAUAACAUACGACCUUUUUCGAAAUUUUGUAUAAGUCAUUUAUUGAUACAAAAUGAUAAGUCAGUUCUCAAUAUGGUUUUCUCGUACAAUAGUCAAUAGUAAGUAAAAAAGCGUUAUUUUCAAUACAGCACAGUUUGUGUAGUUCGUUAAGUAAAUCAUCUAGACGAUAAUUGAUCGUUAAAAGAUUUUCUAGUUUAGAAUAAGUUGACUUUCUGAUUGAAAUUGUUAUUUAAUUUUCUCAUCAUUUUAAUGACAGAUUAUAAAUGAUAAUAACGUAUUGUAACGUAAAUAAAUGUACCAAUUUUAUUAUAUUUAGUAUGAGUUUCCACAAGCCUACAUGUGUUCUAUAAAUGCAUUAAAACCUUCUUUCGGUUUGAGAGAAAUAUUCUUCAUCGAAUACGCUUUUUCAUCUUUAACUUUAAUAUGUCUACCUUUUUUGAUACUUUUGCUUACAAGGCUUUUUUUCUUUUGUCUUCUUCACUAAAAACUAAUUGAAUUAUUUUGUUUUUCAUUUGAAAUUUUAAGAAAAGGUUCACAUGGUAGGUCAUUUUAUUCUUUAAAGUUUAUUUCACCCUGUAUUGUUAGUGUGAACGCGGUAUUAUUUCACAGAUUCUAGAGUGCUUAAUAUAUAACGGAGAGUAUGUUUUAAACAUAAUUAGUUAUGUAUAGUUACCAACCAAAUAGAAAUUGUAUCGUACGUUCGAUUAAAGAAUAUGAGAUGGUUCAGUAGUGAUUUUAAA